AUGAAGGAAGCAGCUUACGUUGAUGAGCUAAAGACUCUUGAGGAAUUCAAAACCACAGGUAAUGACUGGUUUGUCAAAGAAACGAGGAGAAGAGGCAAAAAGGCCACCCCUAAAGUACAGGAGGGUGAGGGGUCAUCAUCGCAACCAAAGAAGAAACAAAAGAAAGUAGCAAAAACGUUAUUAAUUGAUGAGCCUGAGGUUGAAGAGCCGGUGCAAGCAGCUAAUGUAGAAGCUGAGAAAGAGAAGGUUAUUGAUGAUGUAGAAGGUGAUGAUGUUAAUAAAAGUACGACAAGCUCUUCGAGUUCUGAUGAUGAGAUAGAUGAGACUGAACGUCUAAAAAGAAUUCAAGAAGCUACAGAGAAGGAAAAGCAGUUAAGGAAGAGGAAUAGACAGGAGAAAGAUGAUGCUGCAUACAUUCCAUCUCCUGCACACGUUUCUGAAUCUCAAUCACCUUCGAGUGGUAAGAAGAAAGCAGGUGCAAGGAAAAGGAUUGUAUCUCCGAAAAUCAAGAAAGUUACUACGAAGAUUACAAAGCUAAAGAUUGUUCUGAGGAAGAAACCAGCCAAAGAACCCAGUCUUCACAUUCCUCCGGAUAAUCUUGAAGAUAUUGGAGAUUUUGGCAUUGCAAACGAUGAACAAGUUAAGAAGCUAGAAAAGAAGCUGGAUGAUGUGUUGAAUGAUAACAAAAGAGUCGCAGCUGAAAGCAAGAUAGUUGCUGAUCGCGUAAAGAUUCUAGAAAUGCGUGUAAAGCGAUUAGAGUCUGACAACAAAGCCUUGUUGAAGAAGACUGAUACAGAUCAGACUGAGAUUGAUUUCCUGAAAGUGCAAGUGGCUGAGUUGGAAGAAGAAAAGGCUCGCAGAGAUGAACAGAAUAGAUAUUUCAAGAUGAAUACCAAAGAGCUUGAGGCUGCAAAGGCUUUGAAAGAGCAUGAGUUCUACAUGUUGAACAAAGUGGUUGAGAAUAUGCUUGGAAUGUCGAUUGAGCAAAGGUUUGAAGAAAUACAAGUUGAAGAACUUAGGGCAAAACGCCAAGCUGAGAUUGACGAACAGAUGAAAGAUAAGGGAAAGGGUACCGAAGGCAGUGUGGCAGUUGUUGAAAGAUCAAUUGUUCCAUCUUUAGUGAUUGAAAACCCUGUUCCUAUAUCCUCUAUUUCUGGUGUAUUUGAGGAAGAUGUAUCUUUAGAGGAUCUUGCUGCUAGAAGUCAUGGUUCUGAUAAUGACGAUGAUGAUGCUCAAGGUGGUAUGGGAAUUAAAGUAACUGAGGCUUCCAAUGAAAGAACUGUUGAUGAUUUUCUGAACGAUACUGUGAAUGAAGAGACAGGGGGAGCUGAAGGAAAGGGGGAGCAUAGUGAUGAUCAAAAUGUUGAAAAAGUUGAAAAGCUAAUUUUGAGAUUAGAAACUGAUAUGGAGGAAGGUGAACACCGAUAUACGUAUCCAUUAGAGGAGAUUAAAGAAAUGACACGUAUGGUGGAUCCGGACUUCAAAUUUGAUUUCGAAGAAGAAUUAAAUGCUUUUGACAUCAAUCAUCAACCUGAAUACGAGUACAAGUAUGUAGAGGAUGCUGAUAUGUAUGACAGGGUUGAGGUUGAGGAUUGCACAGAUGAUGAGAGUGUGAGUGAAGAUACUUCUCAGUAUCCUACGCUGAUGGAGUUCUUUACUGAAGAGAAAAGAGAUGAGUUGAGAAGGAAAGUGGCUGAGAUCUUAAAAGACAAAAAUUUCGAUGGUACUCCUAAGGAUAUGUAG